AUUUGGCGACGUGUACCCGGUGUGUGGAAGUGUUCAGGUAUCUCACCUCCGCCGGGGGAAAACUUGCCAUAAAAAACCUUAAAAGCCUUACAGGAGCGGAACUAUGGGGGGAUCGCAGAGUGUGGAGAUACCAGGAGGAGGUUCCGAGGGCUACCACGUCCUCCGGGUUCAGGAGAACUCCCCUGGACAUCGUGCAGGACUGGAGCCUUUCUUUGACUUCAUUGUCUCCAUCAAUAACACCAGACUGAAUAAAGACAAUGACACGUUAAAGGACUUACUGAAAGCCAGUGUGGAGAAACCCGUCAAGAUGCUGGUUUACUCCUCCAAGACCCUGGAGCUGCGGGAGUCCACGGUGACCCCCAGUAACCUGUGGGGCGGCCAGGGCUUGCUCGGAGUCUCCAUUCGUUUCUGCAGCUUUGAAGGAGCCAAUGAGAAUGUGUGGCAUGUGCUGGAAGUGGAGCCUAAUUCUCCUGCAGCCCUCGCUGGCUUGCGGCCGCACACUGACUACAUCAUCGGAGCCGACACUGUUAUGAAUGAGUCAGAGGACCUUUUCUCUCUGAUUGAGAGCCACGAGGGGAAAGGCCUGAAGCUGUACGUGUACAACACAGACACCGACAACUGCAGAGAAGUGGUCAUCACACCCAACAGUUCCUGGGGAGGGGAGGGCAGCCUCGGUUGCGGGAUUGGCUACGGAUACCUCCACAGGAUUCCCACAAGGCCUUUCGAGGAGGGGAAGAAGUUUAGCUUCCCUGGAAACUCCCCCAGUGAGCCUGUUAGUCCGCUGAAGGAUGGAUUCACCGAGGUCCAGCUCUCAGCCGUGACUCCGCCUCCCACCGCCCCCACCGUUCCCUCCGGCCUUGAAGAUUCGCUCUCCGGCCUGUCAAUCAGCACCACGGCGCCCACAAUGCCCAGUGAGCUGCAGACAGGUUUACCCACAGUGCCCCUGCUCCCCUCCUCCACCAGCCCCUCCCUCAGCCCACUCUCCCCACUGAAUCCUGCCGCCACCACCUUCAGCCCCGCCACCACGCUACCAGGUCUCAUGCCCCUCCCAGCCGGUUUACCUCCACUCCCCAACCUGCCAAACCUUAACUUGCCACUCCCCGACCUCAGCGCCGUGUCGCUAGCAGGCGGCAGCACCUUACCCCCACCCAUAGGAGCAGCAGGCGUCCCCCCUCUGGCCCCCCUCCCUCCCCUCAACCUGCCCGGCCUGGCCCCGCUGCCCCCUCUACCCACCAUGCUGCCCUCCCAGCUUCCCCCUCUCCUCCCCCAGAGCGUGGCGCCCAUCCUCCCCGCCUCCUCCGCCCCCGCAGCCUCCGUCACAGUCACACCGGCGCCUGUGGCUGAGGUCGCCGUCGCGCCUACGGCCCCCACAGAACCACCAGCCCCCACGGAAACGACACUAACGUCGUCCUAACCUGGGAAAGAAGACCCCGCUUCAUCAAACCAAAACACACACCUGGUUACUCUCUUUCCCCCCCGUCUGCCUUUCUCUGUGUUUUUCUAUUUAUUUGGCCCAGAGGGACAGGCUGCACCAGUUCAGACGUGGAAGUCUGCGGCUGAACAGGCCUGUGCGGAGCGAUGAAGAGCGGAGGACGCAUGUAGACCGGUCCGACCAACACGUCUCGUUGCAGAGGGGCUGGUGGCGCUGCUGCAGAAGGACGAGGUGUGUUCUUCAGUUUGUAGUAACGUUUCACACGUCUGCGGCUACAACCAGGCACAGAACUUUAUUAUUAGGACUUUCCUCCUUUUCUGAUCUGGAAAUCCUUUUUCUGUUUCACACACCUUUGUUUUUUUUUUUUAUAUUAACAUGUAUGUAUAAAAGGGGCUGGAUGAUAAACCAUACGCACUUAAAUCAUCUAAAUCACAGACCUCAAACUCAUUUUAGUUCAUGGGCCACAUAGACCCCGAUAUGAUCUAAAGAGGACCCGGAAAAUAACAAUAGAAUAACCUGCAAGUGUCUGUUUUGGAGUGAAUAAAGUAAAAUUACAUUAUGAAAAUAUUUACAUCUACAAACUGUCCUUUUAAAAAGUGUGAAUAACAUGAACCACCUGAAAUUUCUAAAGAAUAAGUGUAAUUUUAACAAUAUUAUGUC